AACGGAGGCUGCACACUUUUGAAAACCCGUUUCACAUGACAUCUUCUUGGGGAGCACUCUUAGACACACACAGGCCAUCGUUUUGAUGUCCUUGACCUACUUAUGUUGUAACUGAGCUGUUAUUUUCUGCUUCUUCAGUGAGGAUUUGCAUGACUUCAGUGAAGUUUUUUUGCAACAUUAUUUCACUUGAAUUAUAAAUAGAUAUUCAGCUCUUUCCUGUGUGUUUUUCACACAUCUGCCACCAUGUGCCUUCUGACAGCUGCCCUGCUGUUGUCUUUACUUGAUUCCAUUUUCUGUGUUCAGUUUAUGGCACCUCUGAACAUGGGAGGAGUCACAGGGCAGGUGUACUUUAACUCCACCUCCGGUAUGGCCACUGUCAACGUCUCAGGCGCUGGGUCCUGUAGUUCAGUCAACUUCUCCCUCAGUGAGUUCCCUGUCAAGUAUGGCCAUUUUGCUCAGCCCUGUUCCAAGGCACACAUUGGCUCGAGCAUCUUCACUUUCAUGGCCGAUCCUUCCUCAAACCCCUCCAUCAACGUGUCAGGCCUCUUUGAACAAAACUCAAAUCUGGACGACUUCUCGCUGACUUUGUAUACGUGUAACGGCACGAAAGUAUGCACGGCUGUAAGUCAAGGUCAAACGCUCAAGACUUAUCAGGCCAGGUUCAACAUACCCAUCGCGGGUAAUGUUUACAUUCGCCUUAACAAUGGAAACAAUGAUCCCAGGCUGCUUGCAGACCUAGUUACAAUCGGUCAGGUCAAUGCCUCAAAAUCUAAUGUCACUCUCUUUGCAUCUCCAAGCUCUGCUGCAAGCUGCAGUGUUCUUUUGGGAAGCUUAGAUUCCUCAACUUUGACCACUCUGGGUGUUGUGAAAGUCGGUACCCCUCUGAUGCCUGCGAAAUCCCGUCUGGACCUGACCAGCUUCAACAUGAACUAUCGAUUUCUUCUCCUCAAGACAGGGUCGAGUUAUAAGUGUGCCAAGAUUUAUCCUGUACCUGAGAAACAGGUCAGUGCUGUUGUUAAUAUGAGAGGGAUCAAAGGAUACUUCAGCUUCCGUCAGGCUUCCCCAUUUGAUGCAACAAAGUUGAUGGUGAAUCUGACUAACUUACAGAGCAAAGUCGGCCCUUACCACGUCCAUCAUUUUCCUCUCCCCUCAGUCAGGUCACCUUCAUAUAGCCGGUGCUCAAAUGAUAAUGUUGGUGGCCACUGGAAUCCAUUCGGUGUUGACACGAAUGCCCCAACAUACCCAGAAAUGCCCGGUUCAACGCAUGACAUGUAUGAGAUCGGUGAUCUCAGUGCCAAGCAUAUGUCGCUUGCAGGUGCAAAUGAGGUGAACAUGAUGUUCACAGACUACAACCUUCCUCUUUUUGGAAGGAACAGCAUCGUAGGUCGCUCAGUUGUGAUCCAUCAACCAGAUGGUGCCAGGUAUGUUUGUGCCAGCAUCAGUUAUCCUGGUGAAGUGAUUGUAGCGAGAGCCAGAUUUCAGUUCCCUGUGGUUGGUGAGAUCUGGUUCACCCAGCUGAUGAACAACCCUCUGUCAGACGUAUCCAUCUUCAUGGAUCUGGUGUACGGAAAUUCCUCAAUGACACCAACCAAAAACCACAACUGGCAUGUUCACACCUACCCCAUCAGCUCAGAAAGAGAUGAUGAUGAAAAUCGCUGUGGCUCAGUAGGAGGACACUGGAACCCAUUUGACAUCAACACAACAGACAGCAGCUAUGCUCUCCACUGUAACCCAUCCAGGCCCUUUUCUUGCGAGGUGGGAGACCUUUCCAGCAAACACAGCACCAUCAACCUCGGCACCAAAGUGGGCGGAGUGGAAGCAAAAAACUUCUUCACUGAUGUCACAUCUUGGGUGCCCGAGGCAGGCAUUAUUGGUCGUUCAGUGGUCAUCCAUCAAGCAGAAAGAGGAGGGCCGAGGAUUGCUUGUGCCAAUGUCACAAUGGUGCGAGUCCCUAAAGCUAGCUUAGGUACCUGGUUUGGCUCCCAAAUACAAAGCGGCCAGAUCAAGUUCACCCAGGCUGUCCCACUCGGACCCACAACUAUAAAUGUAUCUCUAAUUAACCUGAACUCCUCAGCUGCGGGUUACCAUGUCCACAUACUGCCAGUCAAACCUGGUAGCUCAGACCCUUGCUCCAACGCAAACAUCUUGGGCCACUACAACCCGCUAGGCUGGAACAUAUCAAACAGCCCCGGACCUGGAGUCGGCACAGUGGACCAGUAUGAGAUUGGUGACAUAAGCGGGAAGUUUGGGACGCUGGCUGGCCUCAAUAAGUCUAUGGCUGUAUACAUGGAUCCCAACAUGCCAUUAUAUGGACCCUUCAGCAUAGUUGGAAGGUCGGUGGUGAUUCACGCACCUAACGGAUCAAGAAUUCGGUGUGCUAAUAUCUCAGCUGAAAGAAAUUCAGAUGGACGAUGGAUUAUUGCCAAGGCAGUGUUCAACGGCAGCGUGAAUGGGACAGUUAUGCUGCGGCAGCAGAUGUUUCCUGAUGGGAGUAGCAGUGAUGCCAUACUGGAGGUGAACCUAAAAGCAUUAAAUAUGUCUAAUGCAUCCCUGUCCAUCACCACCAACCCCAGCACCACCACCCGACAGUGCAGCAGUGGGGGAGGCACAUUCAAUCCCUUCAACAUGACGUCAAUGAGCUCCAACUGUUCACUAUUAACCCCUCUGAGCUGUGUGGUGGGAGAGCUGUCUGCAAGACACGGUGCAGUCAGCCUGACUGAGCGACAGGUCUUCACUGACAGCAUCAUCGAGCUCUCUGGACAAAACUCUGUGGUCCAAAGAUCUGUACUGCUGAAGAACGGAUCCAGCAUCAUUGCAUGUGCCAACAUUAUCCCAGAAUCCCCUUCAGCAAACCAGACUUUCCCCAGAGUGGCUAACUUUAGCUCAUAUGACUUCCGCAAUAGGGUUGCAAAUGUCCUGAAUCUGACAACAGCGACAGUCACCAUUCUGCAUGGCUCUCCCCACACUGCAGCUAACACAAGGUGCCAGCGAGUCGAGUACAUGGUAUCUGGGGAUGUCAGCGCUGAACGUCUGGCGUCCGUCAAAAACAGCGAGAUGAUGGGUGUGUACAGAGAGUCUGAAACUUGCAGUUUUGCAAGUCGGCUGCUGGCGCCAGGAACUUUCCUGCUUGGCCUGAUGUUUGCUGCUGCCUGCCUGCUGCCAUCUACUGUUUCCUUAUAGCUCCAAGAUUUGGCCACACCAUGCAUCAUCAGCGUGGAUACAUGGAUCCUCACACUGUAAAACUGUGAAUAUGUUUAUGAAAUGUAGCCCACCAAAUGAUACAAUGGUCAUCUGAUUCAUUAUCAAGCCAAUUAUAACUGUGUUUCUUUAAACAGCUUACUUUUUGUAGCAAUCAUUUUAGG